GCUCACUUUUCUCCCGCAUUCCCCACCAGGGGGACUAGACUCUCCCCCGGGAAGGGGAAUCUAUUUAAAGUGAACUUUGACGAAUGGCCGGCCGUAGCAACUCUCAGUCGAGAGUCGGACUUGGACCUGAUUAGACCGAGCGAGGACAGCCGCAGGGACCUGUUUGCCCAGAGAAUCUUCUUCUCCGCGAGGACACCACACACACGCGCGCGCACACUUUCACCGAAAGACCAUGCUGAGGGGAACGAUUUUCGUUUUCGCGGCUCUGAUCGUGAUCGCCGCUGCUACCGAAGUCAACGAUUGUGGCUCUGGAGCGAAAUUCGAAGAUGCUAAUCGGGUUAGGAUAUCUGGCUGCAGCGUGCCGCCGUGCAAACUGAAACGCAGGACGAAGGCAUCGGUCGAGCAGAAGUUCGUGCCCGAUCAAGAUUGCGACAACAUUGUGAACUCGGUGAACGCCGCUGUUCUCGGUGUACCGUUGCCUUUCGUCGGCGUAGACGGGACUAGCGCGUGCGAAAACCUUUUCAACGCGGACGGAACUUCGGCUGGCUGCACGCUGAAAAAAGGCGUAGAGUAUACCUACAAGCGAGAGUUCCCCAUCCUUCAGAUCUAUCCAACGAUCUCGAUGGUGAUACACUACGAGUUGGUGCAAGGCAAUCACACGAUCACGUGCUUCGAGGUCCCGGCGAAGAUCACCAACUGAGAGGAGCUGCUCGUAUUUUCUGGAAGACUAUUUGAACGUUCCAGAAUUGACGAAGCUGUGCCUCCGUAUGCAAAAAUUUCUGUAAACAAUAAGAGAAUCGGCGCGGGAGAGCGAUCUUGCCCGAACAGAACGGCUCCCGUUUAGUCUGUCCGCGAACGAGCUUAAUCAGUAUACAUAUGUAUAGUUGUACGCACGUAUUUGUAA